ACUCGGCGGGACGCAGCGGCCGCACAGCUCCGGGCGGCCGAACCAGCGCGCUCCGGGGGUCUCGAGUGGCGGCGGGAGCCGGGAGGGAGAGUGGAGGAUCCCCUGCGGGAGGCACCCCGAGGGACCGAGUGACGACCGAGCGCGAUGGGCCGCCGUCUGCCCGUGUGGCUGUGCGCCGUCGCGGCGCUGCUCUCGGGGGCGCAGGCCAAGGGCACCCCGCUCCUCGCACGGCCAGCACAGCCCAGUGCCUCCCGUUACAGCCUCUACACCACCGGAUGGCGUCCGCGGCUGCGCCCGGGGCCGCACAAGUCUCUCUGUGCCUAUGUGGUACAUAGGAAUGUAACCUGCAUCCUACAAGAAGGAGCAGAGAGCUACGUAAAGGCUGAGUACCGGAACUGUGGGUGGGGGCCCAACUGCCCCUCAACAGUCAGGUACCGCACAGUGUUCAGACCCAGAUACAAGAUUGGCUAUAAGACUGUGACAGACCUGGCCUGGCGCUGCUGCCCUGGUCUUACUGGGGAAGGCUGCCCAGAACACCUGACAGACCAUGGAGCCACCCCACCCCACCAGGAGCCAGAGCCUCACAUUCCCUUGGGACAGUUGGGCCCAGGUCCCAGGCCUUCUCCUUAUAGCAGAGAGGCCCUGCGCCCCCGUGGAAGAAAAGGCCAAGGCCUAUUUGGCGAGCGGCUAGAACGGCGCCUAUCACAAGCAUAUGGCACUCUGAAUGGAUUGAUGGCCAGCCACGAGGAUCCCAAUAGGAUCACUGGUGACUCCAGGGCUCCUGUCGUACCUAUAGGCUUUGGGAUCAUCCCUGAGGGGCUUGUGGACCCAGAAGACAGAGGCAGAGGACCACUCAUCCCUCCUCUGAGUGAGAUCCUGAGCAAGGUCACAGAGGUGAGCAACACAUUACAGACCAAGGUGCAGCUGUUAGAUGAGGUGCACGGGCUGGCCCUAGGGCAUGAGGCUCACCUGCAGCGGCUGCGGGAAGCCCCUCCAUCCCCACUGACCUCCUUAGCCCUCCUGGAGGAGUAUGUGGACCAGCGGCUACAGCGACUCUGGGGGAGCCUGCUGGAUGGCUUUGAGCAGAAGCUGCAAGGUGUCCAGAGUGAGUGUGACCUUCGAGUACAAGAGGUGCGGCAGCAAUGUGAGGAGGGCCAGGCCGCCAGCCAGCGCUUGCACCAGAGCCUCGAUGGCCGGGAGCUGGCCUUGCGUAGGGAGCUCUCCCAGCUGGGUACUCAGCUGCAGGGUCUGACUCUGACUGGUGGGGACACCUGCUGCAGACAACUGGCUUUGAUCAGUGCCCGAGUGGACAGCCUUGAGAGGAACCUGCAGGCUGUCACUGAGACCCAAGGCGGCCCCAGCACCCUGGCUGCUGAUGAGCUUGCGCGCCUCUCUGCAGCUGUGCUCCAGGGAGGUGUAGACGGGCUGCUUGAAGGCCUUGAGACUAUCAAUGGGACAGAGAAUGGAGCAAGGGGCUGCUGUCUGAGAAUGGAGAUGGGGGGCUGGAGUGUUGGUGGCUUCGGGUCUGCACUGGAAGAGCGAGUGCAGAGCCUAGAGGAGCGGCUAGCAACUCUGACCGGAGAGCUAAGCCCCAAGAGCGCCAUACCAGACAGAUCAGCGAGGCCGCUUGUUCAUUCAGAACUAGCUGUGCUGGAACAAAGGCUAGUGUCCCUGGAGACCUCGUGCACCCCAAGUACCACCACAGCCAUCCUGGACAACCUUGUGGCAGAGGUGAAGGCCUGGCAGAGCCGGAGUGAGGCCCUCCUACACCAGGUGGCCCGUCACACUGCCCUGCUCCAACAGCUCAAUGGCACAGUAGCUGAAGUUCAGGGGCAGCUGGCAGAAGGGACAGGCAGCUCGCUCCAAGGUGAGAUCACUCUCUUGAAGGUCAACCUGAACUCAGUGAGCAAGUCACUCUCAGGCCUCAGUGACUCUGUCAGCCAGUACUCUGAUGCCUUCUUAGCUGCCAACACAUCCCUGGAUGAACGAGAACGAAGAGUGGAAGCCGAGGUCCACGCCAUCCAGGAACAGGUCAGCAGCCAGGGCUCAAGGCUUCAGGCUGGCCACAGGCAGGUCCUGAACCUGCGAGGGGAGCUGGAACAAAUCAAGGCUGGCAUGGCCAACGUGGCCGGAGGGUUGAGUCGCUGCUGGGACACAGCCCAGGAACUCCAGCAUACAGUGGGCCACUUUGACCAGAGGGUGGCCCAAGUGGAAGGAGCAUGUGAGAGGCUGGGCCUGUUGGCCACCCACCCAAACAGUUUGCCUACUGAGCAGCCGAGGGUCAGGGAGGGCCUGUGGGGCCACAUAGACAAGCUCAACCACACGUUGGCCCAGCACACACAGGACAUCGCGCGGCUCCGGGAUGACCUGUUGGACUGCAGAGCUCAGCUGGCUGAGGUGAGACCAGGGCGAGCUGACUAGGAUAGCUGCACAAAAAUCUAAAGCACAUAUCCCAUCAACCCUGGGAAUAUCAUCCCGGAGGCCAACCCUACCCGGAAGCAUUUUCCAGCCCUCCCUGGCUGCUAGAGGCCUUGGUCCAAUUCCGCAUGACUGUUUCAGCCAUCAAAAGUCACCCUCAGAGCUGUAACCUGGACAAAACAGGGUAACAGUCAAGGUGAGCUACAUGGGAUGCCGUCUCAAGAGCCAAGGCAAGGACGCCAUGCCCGAAGACCAAGUUGGGCUUCUGAGAUGGCACGCUGCAUUGUCUGCAUUUCCUCUUGUUACAGACACACUGGAGCUAGCAACUAACUGUGCAGAGUUUUCUGGCCAAGUCUCAGACAAGCCUGUCCACUGUUCCCUUUACUAACCAGGGACCAGUCAUGGCACCCAGGGGCAUCUCUUCCCUUGUCCCUGGGCUUCUAUCCUCAGAUAUCUGGAUGAGGUUUCUACAGGAAGAUGAUGCCCACUGGGCCUAUCUGGCAAUUUCAUAGGUGCUAUUUCUGAACUACAGACCAGAGGCCACCUGAGGUUUCCAACUCCCCACGCAUCCUGCAGAACAGAACAAAAGCCUGGCCGCCCAGCCAAGAGCGCUCCAUAUUCCUUUUGAUCUUGCCUCGUGAUGAGGGUGUAGGCAGCUGUAGAAUCCCAAAGAAGGGAUCCAGACAAUGUUGAAGACCCCACCCCAAUUUAUCUUUUCUCUUUGAUUUCACAAAUACACCCACACGGUCCUCUCCAGUUAGAGGAAAAUCUCUCCCCACCGCCAUGGUCAGUACCUCUUGCCAAGUGUAGCCUUAGAGUCUGCUGUGGGAGACCCCAAGAAAGGGGCUGGAACUGGAUGAAAAGGAAGCUAAGCAUUACUUUUAAAUGUCCAUAUGAAACCCUAGCCUUGCCAGGAGCUUCACAAGCUGGAGAGAAGCUCUGGUAGGAAGCCAUUAAGGAAUGAUUGGAAAACACAUGUGUUUAGAGACUGCCUAUUUCUGUUGAAGCUCCUGGCCUCAGUUUCCCCCCAAUGCACCCUGGGCCCGCGGUGCUCUGUUCCUCCCACUGGCCUGCAUUCUGGCUUGUGACCAGUCAGUGUCUGCCCUCCACUGUGAUGUGGGUUGGAAAACAGGUUGAGGAUUAAAUCUUUUAACUGUUCUAAA